AUGAAGUCUGCAAAAUCGCCGGCCGUCGUCGACGGUCGCAGGUCGCAGCCGGUGCGGCAGACGCGAACGAACCCAUCCAAGGCCACGGGCGCCGCCCUCCAACGCAGCGCCAGCGGCCGCGGCGCCAUCAACGGAUCCGCCGUCGUCCAUGAUCAACCCAUCGAUAUUUUCCCCGGCCUCACGCAUUUCACCGAUGCCAUCACCGCUCUGCCCAAGGAGCUCGUUCGCCACUUUACGCUCCUGAAGGAAGUCGACGCCAAGAUCUCCACGCCGACGGAGCAGCUCCGCGAGCUUGUCACCGCCUGUGCAAGCUCACCGUUUCCACAGUUAAAAAAUACCGACGAUGCGACGUCGACCUCCAGUGCCGCCGCGGCGUCGCCGGCCUCGGCUACUGCCGCCAGUGUCCAUAAUGGCUCAGCCAGCAGUAGCUCUACGAGCAGCACCAGCAUCCUUCUCAACAACGCCCUGCGCCCGGUUCCCAUCCACGACGACGCUUAUCAGGCUGCCGUUUCGGAUCCGAGCAACGUGCCGCGUCGGCGGCUCUUCCACGAGACGGCGAGCCACAUAAAGGACAUGCUCAUAGCCCUCGAUGAGAAGAACCACGUCAUCAAUACAGCGAACGAGGUGCUGCAGCGUCACCUGUCCCGCAUUGAGGGCGUCUGGCCGCACCUCGAGACGGAGUUUAGCGAAGAGGCGAAAUGGGGAAGCACGACGCAUUGGGCUUACCCCGAAAACAGACUCGGGAAACCCGCUCACAACGAGCGCGGGAGCCGCCGCGAUGGCCCGUCGGCCGCUGCGCAGCAGGCGGCGGAGGAAGCGGCUGCCCGGAGCGAAUCCCGAAAGCAGGCCGUUCAGGCAAAGAAGCAACAGAGACAUCAGGCCCACGAGGCUGAUGCCGACGAUCACAAGGCAGAGGGCACCAAGAAGUCCCAGAGCACCAAGGGCCGCAAGAAUAAUAAUAAUAAUACGGAGAGUAAUAAUGCUGGACUGGGUCUCGGUAUUACCGCGCCCGGUACUUCUAAUGGCGCGAACCCGCCUAGCAAGCGGCGCAAGGUUGAGAAGCCUGUUAAUGGUGGAGGUCUGCCUACUGAGCGGGCGAUGAGUACGGUCUUUGGCAACAGCGCGUCCAAAUCGGCGAAAUCGACGACAAGUCCGAGGACAACACCGGUGCCGGAGGGCGGCCAAAAGAAACGGAAGGCCCUUCCUAGCGGCCCUACUCAAUCAAAGAAAAGCAAAAACGGUUCCGGUACAACCCCCUCGGCGACCGCUUCCCCCAUUCUCAGCUCCUUCCCCGAUAACAAGGCUCCCGGCCGUGCCUCGCCGGCGCCAGGCUCUUCGACCCCACGUCCCAGCUCCUCGCGAUCUCGUCAACCCCCCGCCCAGAACGCUACUGAGACUAGCAAUACUGCCGCCGCCACCAAUAACAACGGGAACAGCAAGGCCCGUCCGUCAUCCUCAGCUUCAAACAAGCCUAAUGGCGUUAUCCCGGGUACCCCGGAUGUUGUUCCGACGGUGGACUCUAAGCCUACUGAAGAACCCAGCGAAGCUCCCAAGCCAGAAGUUGCGACUGCAACAACGGCGAAAGAGCCGGACGUGAACGCCGACAGGCCCGUUUCGGCAUCGACCUCAACUAAGAAAGACCCACCCCCGAAACCCGAGGAGACGGAGAAGAAGGCCGAGACCGCGCCAUCGGUACCCGCCCCCGUCGCGACCACCACCUCCGCUCCCGCUCCACCUGUGACCAACAGCACCACCACCACGAUAGCCACGGUUACGACGAAGAGCGGGCGGGCAAGCAAGCCGUCCACGCCCGCUCUCGCCACGUUCCAGGAAGCGGCGCGGUCGAGAUCGUCUCGAACGACGGAGUCGACAUCCAAGCGCAGCCACAAGAAGUCGUCGGCGGCGCAGGUCAACAGCGCGAACCAGACUUCUGGCGAGAGCGCAAACAAUAAGAGUCCCCGCGGCGAGGAAGACGAGGAUGGAGAUAUUGAUGCUGAUGAGCCGACGUAUUGCUACUGCAAUAGUGUGAGCUACGGUGCGAUGGUGGCUUGUGAUGCCGAGGGGUGUGAGAGGGAGUGGUUCCAUUUGGAGUGUGUGGGGUUGAAGGUGCCGCCGAAGCAGAAUGUGAAAUGGUACUGUGAGGACUGUAAGGAGCGGAUGAAGGCAGGUGGAAAGAAGACAAGUACUCGGUAA